AUGUUGCUCUCAAUCAGUAGCAGUAGUAACUCGGGGACAAGUCCCAGAUAUUACUAUCCUGCUUUAACAACCACUUUCCACCUACUCUUCCUACUAUUAAUAUUAUUAUUUUCCUCUCCAUCCAAAGCACAAUUCACCCCCAACUUCCCUCUCCCACUACCCACAACCCACUUCGGCCGCGAUCCAAACAUCAUCCUCUACAAAAACGAAUACUACCUCUUCUCAACAACCACCGACCUCCUAUACUUUCGCGCCUCAGAUCUCUCCGGCCCAUGGAGACCAGCAGGAUCAGUUCUCCCCGCUGGAAAAGGGAGCAUAAUCCAGGACAAGGGGGAUCCAAAUCAACCCUGGGCACCGACUGUGAUUCAAUACAAUGAUACCUUCUAUUGUUUUUAUUGUGUGAGCACAAUCAAUACACAGAAUAGUUCGAUUGGAGUCGCGACUUCGAGUUCCUUGGAUAAAGGGACAAAGGCAUGGACUGAUCACGGGGCUAUUAUCAAUACUCUUUCCGGCGCGAAUGCAGAUAUUUAUCCAUAUAAUGUCUCCAAUGCUAUUGAUCCGAGCAUCAUCAUUGACCCUACCGACAACACUCAACAGGCAUGGUUGACGUUUGGAAGUUAUUGGGAUGAUAUUUUCCAAGUGCCCCUAUCGGCGGAUUUGUUAUCUGUUGAGAACGCUGAUAAUCCUGCUGCCACGCAUCUAGCGUUUAAUGUUAGUUUUCCGGCUGAGGAGGCCUCAUGGAUUAGUUAUAGGGCUCCAUGGUUUUAUUUGUGGUAUAGUAAGGGGUAUUGUUGCGGGUUGGAUAUUAAUAAUUUGCCGCCGGCGGGGGAUGAAUAUUCGAUUCAGGUCGGUAGAUCGUUGCAUGUCUCGGGGCCGUAUCUUGACAAGCAGAAUGUCUCACUGGCAGAAGGAGGCGGGUCGUUGGUCUAUGGAUCGAAUCAUAACGGUCAGGUAUAUGCCCCUGGUAGCAGUGGUGUGGUUACUACCAGUUCUGGGAGGGAUGUCUUAUAUUAUCAUUAUUUGAAUUUGAGUAUAGGUGUUUCCGACGGGGACGCAAUUAUAGGUUAUAACUACCUCGACUACAAUGAUGGCUGGCCGACUGUCAGUUCAAGGCGAUACGAUGACGUCCGAGACGUCAAGUCUGCUGGGUCCCAUGUCCUAAUGACUCGGUAUACAUUAUAUUUAUAUAUCGAGGAGUUCAGAUAG